GAUAUUAGCCCAUGCCUCUAUCAACAAGUUUGUAAUUUUGAUUGCAAAUACUUAGCUGCAACAAGCGGCCAUUUGUAUCUCUCCUGACUGUUAUAUUCUCCAUACAUUAACCACUUGGCUACCUCGCAAAUUAAUUAGCAAUUUUUUGUUUUACAUACUCAGGCUAUCAUGCUAUACAUGCUGUCUUCGUUGCUUUUCCCACGGCAGGCUAUCGAUAUAGAGGGGCCUACAAUUCCGGCACCAACUGGCUUCGUAUCUAUUUUGGAUAAUCCUCCAAACAGCAACCAUAUUGCUAUUCCGAUUAUUACAGUUUGUGUUGUCGUUUCUGCCAUCUGCUACUUAGCUCGAUUCUUUGCGAAGUAUCUUGUAAAGGAAUUUCACGUAUCUGAUUACUUGACAGUUGUCGCAUUUCCUCUUUAUUGGGUUUACAUCUAUUAUAGUUAUAGACUGAGCUGGACGCCUGGGUACCUUGUUCACGAAUGGGAUAUUCGUCUGAAAGAUAUCGCGUCUUUCUCAUAUGUAUGCUGGCUCGCUACUCUUCUCUACUUGUGGAUCAUUGCUUUGGUCAAAUGUGCUAUCUUGCUGGAAUGGACUACCAUAUUUGUGCCCAACCGAAAACAUAGCAUAUUUGCCUGGGCUUGUUUUGCUACAUGCGGCGCCGUCUGUUGCCUCUCUAUCGUCAUAUUCAUCAUGGACCUUGCCAAUUGCACUCCUUUCAAUCAUAACUGGGAUCCCUUAAUUAUCGGUGGGUUUUGCCGUUUCAGUGUCCCAGCAGCCAGUAUCGCGUCGGCCGCAACCAACCUCGCGCUCGAUUUCGUCCCAAUUCUUCUGGCACAAAAUGCCAUCUGGAAGCUGCACAUGUCGUGGGAGAAAAGAAUUGGCAUUAGUCUCAUAUUUUUGAUUGGCAUAACAGGUUGUGCUGCAGGCAUAGUGCGACUGUACUUCGCGACCCGUUUCCUCUCGUCAAAUGAUACCACUUACUUCUUCUCUAUUAUGGCACUCUGCUCUCUGUGUGAGGCCACCUGCGCCAACCUGAUCUUGUGUGUACCUUACAUCCCAAGAGCUGUAUCCGGGAUCCAGCAGACCAAAUUAAUUACAGGAUUAAGGUCAUAUAUGACUUUCAAGAGCAACUCUGAUUACAUAAAUCAUUCAGAGGUUUCUGGCGAGGCUAAAGAGAUACCCUUGUUGCCAUCAAAACAGCGCGGGGGUCAAUGAUUGGAGCUUUCGGGUGUAGGAAUUAUCCAGAAGAUUCAAGAAGAACUUGAUGGCCAGUUUCGUGAGAAAUGCACACCAAGUUUCUUUACGGAGCCGACUUUUCACCAUUUGUUUGUUUUUUAUUCUGUUUCUGUCUCUUUUCAGUCAAUAGGUUAUGCGGAACAGUUAGUAGAGAUCUCAGAGACCUCUACAGCUAUUGAGUGGUAGUGUAUUAUUAUAUGCUAUUGAAAUACAAUGCAUAUCCUAAAAGUUUUAGAACAAUAAAUGAUCAGCACCUCUUCCUGUAGUAAGGAAUUAUUUCUUUAGCACUCCCUUCCCACCUUUCUAGAUAUUGUCUUCUCGAGGAAAUUUUAGCUUAUUUAACUAGUUGAGUAUUAUCGGUAUACUAGGUUUGGUGCGCGGGAGUAAUUUGAGAUUGGGGCUCCGAUUGUUGAAGGUUUUGACGGCUUUGAGUUUUUUAUUUUCAUAUAUUCAACCCUCUCUUUAUUUCUUGCUCCCGGUGAGGGGUGCGAUUGAUAUUAGUUCGAGGAAUUAGAUUAUUUGAAAGAAGAGAGGUUAAAUAAAUCUUUUUUUGCAGUGCAAUUCGCUUGUGUGACA